AUGCGACCACUGACUUACUCGCUCAAGUAUUUCCACACUGCGUCCUCUCAAGUUACAAACUUCCCAGAUUAUGUGGUCGUGGUUUACAUUGAUGACGUUGAGAUCGGUCACUAUGACAGCAACACAGGGGAAGCAGAAGCCAAACAAGAAUGGAUGAAGAACUUUACAACGGUGGAUCCAAAGCACUUUUUGUUGCAGACACAAUCAGGUAUUCGUCAUGAAAAGGAGGACAAAAAAGACUUGGAAACUUUUCAGAAGCGCUUCAACCACACUGAAGGGGGAAGCUCGCCCCCAUCGCUCCUGCUGUCCCUGCCCCCGGAGGCGCGGGGUGAAUUCCCGCCACCUGCGGGCUCUGUGUCGGGCACCACCCAGAUCAGCAGCGGCCUUGGACGCGCCGGCCCCCGUCAAGAUUUAUUCAUUUCCCGCGAACUGGACUUCCUCUGUGUGACGGAGACAUGGCUGAGAACUGGUCUUCACAUUUACCAAAGGAUGAAAGGCUGUGAAUGGAAUGAUGAAACUGAUGAAAUCAAGAGUUGGAGACAGUCCAGUUAUGAUGGAGAAGAUUUUUUAGCGUUAGACACCAAGACAUGGACAUGGACUGCAGCAAAACCACAAGCCGUCCCAAUCAAACAAAAGUUGGACCGUGAUCGAGCUUAUAUGGAUUACUUAAAGUUUUACCACACUGGGAUCUGUGUUCAUUACUUGAAAAAGUAUGUGAACUUUAGUAGAGAUGUCCUAAUGAGAACAGUGCUUCCAGAAGUGUUUCUCCUCCAGAAGACGCCGUCCUCUCCGGUCAGCUGCUUCGCGACAGGUUUCUACCCCAGCAGUGCGGCCUUGUUUUGGAGGAAAGACGGCAAGGAUCUCCACGAGAACGUGGUGCACGGAGAAAUGCUGCCCAACCCUGAUGGAACCUUCCAGAUGACCGUGGAUCUGAAAGUGGAGGUGACGGCCAAAGUGGAGGGCAAGUACGAAUGUGUGUUUCAGCUGUCUGGUGUCAAAGAGGACCUGGUCACCAAGCUGGAGAGAAGAAGCAUCAUGAGCAACGCAAGCAAUGAAGGUGAGAAGGACACUUUAAGUGGAAAUAUUACGUCCGCAAAUCAAAGACAUUGGAGAUAUUUUAUCAGAACUUCCACCAUUAUUGAUCCAUGUCACAAGAACAAUGCUGGACAUCGAUAG